UAUGUAAGCCUAGCUACUAGCGACGUUAUGUAAUAACAAUGGCACUCACGAAUUGUAGCGCUAAUGCGCGAAGAACACUACGACACAGUCAGUCGUCGACCAACCUUCGAUCUGUGUACAGCACAUAUCAAUGUAAAUAAAUGCCUUCUAAAUAUACUCACUGCCUUAACUCAUUUCUAUUCUCCGAUACAUUACAGUGGCGACGAGGUAAACUGGUGCGCGUAUUAAAAUAAAAUAUUAAAAAUUAAAAGUGAAUAAAUACCGCAUUUAAAAAUACUAAUGAGUAAUAAGAAAAACAUCUCGUGGAUUUAUGAUUUGAGUAAAUCUCAAGUAAUUGAAGAGUUAAAAAAAAGGCAAACAUUUGAAGAAGAAUCAUUAACAUUAGACAAAUUGCGAAAAAUACUAAAAAAGUUAGUUAAAAGUGAACAAAAAGAUUCUAGUGAGAGUUCUGAAGGCAGUACAGAAAACUUAGAUAAAAAAGAACUUGAAGUGAAAACAAUCACACUAAAGAAAAAAAUGGAAUUUAACGCAAAAGUGAAUUUCGAAUUGGGUCAAGAUGAUUGGGAGCAGUUCGUAGAGCGAAUGGAAUUUUACUUUGAAGCAAACGAAAUUAAAGAAGAAAAAAAGAAAAAAGCGAUAUUUUUAUCAAAAGUGAAUUCAAAAAUAUACGCGGAAAUUCGAAAAAUCUGUGCACCGAAAAAACUCAAUGAUGUAACACUAACUGAAAUUAUUGACAAAGUAACAAAUCAUCUAAAACCAAAAGUGAAUGUUACUGUGUUGCGUUCGCAGUUCCGUAGAAGGAAUCAAAAUAUGGGUGAAACUGUUGCGCAAUACGAAGCAGCAUUGCAAGAAUUGGCGACAAAGUGUGAAUUCAAAGAUUCUUCAGAUGCCAUUAAAGACCAAUUUCUAAGCGGCAUACUCAGCGAUGACAUUCGCGAAACACUUUUCAAGUUAGAAAAUCUAACUUUAGAAUUAGCCUUGAAAACAGCGACGGCUUGCGAAGAAGCAAAAGUAGCGUCGAGUAAGGUAAAGGCAAACGGUGAACAGUCCGAAAACAAACAAGACUUGUUACAGCUUAAAUCAGAAAUAUUCCGGGGCUCCGCAAAUAGAAGGUUCAAUCACAAGCGAGGCUCUACAUCUCACCAAAACAAAGGAAAAUUCCAAAGCAAAAAUUCUUCACGAUACCAGCAGCGAAACAAAAACAAUACACGUAACAAUUCGAACUCAAACUGCCAUCGUUGCGGAAAGCCGAAUCACGAAGAAAUCAGAUGUUGGCAUAAAGACAAAACAUGUAACAAGUGUAACAAGAAAGGGCAUCUCGAAUCAGUCUGCUGGAGCGGCGGUAAAAACCAAGCAACAUUGAAAAAUCUACAAGAGAAGAAAGAAGAUAAGCAGUCAAGCACGGACGAUGAAUCAUGGUUUGACGAUUUUUUUCGAAUAAGCGUAAGUGAUCCUGUAAUGAAAAUUAACUCUUUAGAAAAAAAAGAGAAAAUCGAUCCGCAAUAUCUAAAUGUAAAAGUCGGUAAUAAAGUUUUGAAAAUGGAAGUAGAUGGUGGCGCCGGAAUUUCGGUUAUAAGUCAAUCAGAUUACGAAAAAUAUUUUGCGAAAAAUGAAUUAAAAAAUUGUAACUUGAAAAUUAAUUAUUACUGCGGUAAAGAAAGUCGACCGGUAGGAAUUUUACGAGAUUUAAAAAUUGAAUACGAACAAAUCGCGACUACUGGAAAUUUAUAUGUUAUGGAAGGAAGCGGGGUACCACUUCUUGGACGCGAUUGGUUAUCAAAACUAGGCCUGUGGCCCUUAGAAAUAAAAGAAAAAAUUGUAAAACCUUGCUUAAGCAAUACUAUAAAUUGCAUAAAAAAAGAAAACGAGUUAGAGGCUUUAAGAGAAAAAAUUUUUGAAAAACAUGCAAAUUUAUUUUCCCCGGGGAUCGGAACUUUUACUAAAGGUAAAAUAAAAAUACAUUUAAAAGACAACGCAGUUCCGAUUUACCAUAAACCAAGAAGUGUACCGUUCGCACUAAAAGAAAAAAUAGAAAAUGAAUUAGAUCGCCUAACGAAAGAGAAAAUAAUAUCUCCAGUCGACGUAAGUGAAUGGGGAACACCAAUCGUUCCUGUAUUAAAGCCGGACGGCACAGUGCGAAUAUGCGGAGACUAUAAAGUAACCGUUAACCCUUUGAUGGUGAUCGAUAGACACCCUUUGCCGCGAGUCGAACACUUAAUUGCUGAAGCCCAAGGCGGUGAAAUUUUUUCAAAAAUUGAUCUAAAAGAAGCGUUUGCACAAGUAGAAGUUGAAAACAGCAGCAAAGAUUGUUUAACGAUUAGCACUCACAAAGGGUUAUAUCGACCAAAUAAAUUGUUUUAUGGUGUUGCUUCGGCGCCGGGUUAUUUUCAAAAGAAGAUGGAGCAAAUUUUCGCAAAAGUACCAAACGUUUAUAUAUUUAUCGAUGAUAUUUACAUCAAAGCUAAAAAUAUAGGAAUAGUAAAAAUGAAAGCAGUUGCGAGAUCGUUCUUUUGGUGGCCCGGGAUUGACGCGUGCAUUGAGCGUACAGCAAAGGCGUGUGACGAAUGUGCGCGCGAGAGAGACAAUCCGCCGGCGAGCUAUUUAAAUCCGUGGAAAUGGCCAUGCGGCGCUUGGAAAGUUUAA